AAUGGGAGAGAAGGAACGUAAAUGAAGGGAUCAACAAGCACAUCCGCCAAUUUCUGAGUAAAAAACAAUCACACCCUCUCAUUUCCCAAACCUCUAAACCAAGUCGUAACUAAAAAUCAAAAGAAGAAAAAAAAACAACAAAUUGAAAAACUUUCUUCCUCUCCAAGAAACAAAUAAUCCCAACACAAUACUAUACAAACGAGUAAGAAUUAACCACAGAUAGGGAGAGGAUGAAUACAACUACGACAAAAAACGUAUGUGGAGACAAAUGGUACCUUAACCUAGACAAGCCUGAAGAGGCUUUGAAAGUUCUUGGCUUCAUCGCUAUCUUCGUCAUCAGAACUCUCCUCCAUCAUGCCAUGAAGCCUUUAGGCCAACCUUACCUCACCACCGAUUUUGCCGUACGUCUCAAUCUCUUCCUCUUCUUCACUUUUGAUAAUAUUCCAAAACCAAUGCUAACUUGUUAUGUGCCUCAGAUAGGGUUGAUUCUAGGCAACCUUCCCAAGUUUCGAGAGGCAUUCUCGGGUCCUUACUCGACCACCCUCAACAACAUUAUCGAAUUCGGAAUGAUCUGCCAUAUGUUCGUAAUGGGCCUAGAGAUGAACCCAAGCGUCCUUCUCAGACCACCAACCAAAGACGCGUUCAUGGCAUACACAAGCAUGCUCGCAACCUUUGCCAUCGCCUUUGCCACAACGCCUUUCCUCCACUACACCAAAACCGCACCACUCGUUUUCUCCUUAGCUCUCUCCCUCAUGGCCUCGAGCACCGGCUCGCCUAUCCUCACCCGCGUCAUCUCCAACCUCAAAAUCAGAAAAUCCGAUCUCGGCAAGCUAGCAUCAGCCGCGGGUGUCCACACCGACAUGAUCUCGACCUUGUUCUACUGCUUCGGAUUCAUUUUCUUCCCUACGGAGAGACCUCUCCCUCGUCCUCUCCACAGAUUCUUCAGAGCCCUCCUCAUGUUCUGCCUCUUCCUCGCUCAAGUCACUUUCACUUCCAUUGUUUCCCCAAUCUUUCUCAACUGGGUCAACAACGAGAACCCUGAGGGCAAACCGCUCAAAGGGUCUCACCUCGUCAUGUCCUUAGCGUUUGUCGUCUUGAUAUGUAGCUUCCCUACUUGGCCACCUGAGUCAAUGUACAACCCGAUCCUCAGCGCCUUCACGGCUGGUCUCUUUCUUCCGAACCAAGGAAGGAUGUCCAAAUGGAUCAUCAACAAAAUCAAUUACUUGCUCAGCACGGUGUUCUACCCUAUCUUUUUCUUUUGGGUUGGGUUCAUUAUCCACAUGAGAAACUUUGACAUUGGAGAUAAAAUGGCGUGGGCGAGAUUCUUUUCUCUUCUUGGCACUGUCAUAGCCGGAAAAGUCGUCGGAACAGUGUUGUGUGGUGUACUACUCGGAUACCAUGUCCGAGAAACCGCAUCGCUUGGACUGCUUCUUACCACUAAAGGCCACUUUCAUGUCUACUUGGCCGCUUUAGCCAUUCGGACAAACAGGGUGAAAAACACGACCGGUGCAAUGAUGAUCUUCGUCAUUGUCCUCACAGUGGUCUACUCUCCGUUUGUUGUCAUGGACAUAAUCAAAAGAGCAAGAAAGCGAGUCCCCGUACACAUUAUGGCGCUUCAAUGGCUAGAUCCAACAACCGAGCUUCGUGUCUUGAUGGGUCUACAUGGUCCCCAUAACAUCGGUUCAACGCUCAACCUUAUGGAGAUCUGCCAUGGAGGACGUGAGCCGGGGUCCAUAUUCUACCCUACUGAUAUGGUGGAGCUGACUGAUGAGAUCGCCGCCACGCUGAAAAAGGACGGCAGAUCGGGUCAGAAUAAUGAUGAUUCAGUGACGGUAACAGACAGGACGGUGACAGAGAUGCGUGAGAGUAUAACCGCUGCUGUCAAUGGAUACGGUGAGCUCCGCAGUGGGCAAGGUGUCACGGUGCGUCGGAUGCUAGCAUUGUCAACGUUUAUGACCAUGGCACAUGAUAUUUGUGGUUUGGCUGAUGAACUUAUGGUUUCUAUUAUAAUUCUACCGUUUCAUAAACGUAGAAGUCCUGAUGGCACUCUUGACUCCGGCCAUGCCGGGUUCCGUCAUGUGAACCGCAAGAUUCUGAAGAACGCACCAUGUUCAAUAGGAAUCCUCGUGGAUAGGUCGUUCGGGCAAACAGAAGAGGCAUGGAGACCAGGAGCGUCCAUGGACAUUGCUAUAAUAUUCAUAGGUGGUAGAGACGACAGAGAGGCACUAGCCUUUGCUGCACAAGUGGCUCGACACCCAGCUGUGAAGCUAAGCGUGAUACGUUUCUUGGAAGACAAGAGCUCUCAGAACGCGCAGAAACGCAGCAGCAUACUGAACAGAGCGAGCGUGGUGGAGCAAGAGGAGGAGAUGAAGCUUGACGACGAGUGUUUCGCUGAGUUCUACGAAAGAUAUAUAGCCGGUGGAGGAAGAGUGUCUUACAUGGAGAAGCAUCUGACAAACUCUUCGGAGACUUUCACAGCACUCAAGUCACUGGAUGGAGAGUAUGGGCUGGUGAUUGUUGGGAGAGGAGGAGGAAGGGCGAGUAGCGGGUUAACCACUGGUCUGAAUGAUUGGCAGCAAUGUCCAGAGCUUGGUCCCAUAGGCGAUGUUCUUUCCGGAUCGGAUUUCUCACACAACACAUCGAUGUUGAUUAUUCAGCAGCAGCGUACACGUGGUCAGCUAGAAGGGCUUCAUGAUGAUUUCACCAUCUUGUAAAUAUCUGUUCAAAUUCAUUCACUUUGUAGCUUGAACGUCACAACUCUUACUGUACAAUAGUUCAAAGAUUAAGUGGUUUUCAUAGAUAAAAUGGUAAAAAGAAGAAUAGGCAAUACUAAGCAUAGCCUUGUUACUUAGCAGUCUGAAAUGGUGUACAAAACAUAGAGUUAAAACAAAUUACAUGAAGAUUUGUUUCUGAUUUAUACAAACAUGAUUAGGAGAAAAUGUCCACAAGCACAUUAUAAGUCUUGUGGUUGGUGCUUAGAGAACUCUGAGUUACUUAGUACUACUGAGCCGAAAAUUUGGCCA